AUGGUUCGACUUAGUUCCACAUAUAAUGUCCACCCUCUUGAAAAAGAAUAUGUUAAAAGAAAAAUACAACUUCGGGAUUAUCAAGAAGAAGGUAUAAAAACUAUGGUCAAGUGGUUUGAAAAAGGUAAAGGGGGAAUAAAUGGAGACGAGAUGGGAUUGGGUAAAACUUGUCAAGCCAUUGUUUUCAUGACAAUUCUACAUAGUAAAGGAGCUGGACCAUUCAUCGUGUCAGCGCCUCUUUCUGUUAUACCUCAUUGGGUGAAAGAAGUUACGAAAUUUUCUUGUGGAGUCUUGAAGCCAAUCAACACUCAUCCAGCUACUCGAAUGCACAUUAAAUAUCCAGAAGGCUUAGAGGUGCAGAAAAAUAUGGUUUUCGUGACCAGUAACAAACUUAUAAGUACUAAGAAAACAUCCCAUCCCAUAUUGCGAGUCGAAGAAUUCUUGGGUAUCAAUUUUCGAUAUGUAAUCAUUGAUGAAGCUCACGUACUCAAAGGUCGUUCUAUGUUCAGGAAGCUGCUUUACGAGAAUAGAAGGGACAGACGUUUUCUUCUUCUUACCGGAACCCCUCUGCAGAACAAUGUUGCAGAGGCAUUCUCACUUUUGCAGUUCAUAGAUGACUCAUUUUGUGGAAUACCUGAAAAAGAAUUUGUGAGUGAACAUAGCACAGGAGAAGGAUUGCUAAAACUGAAGAGAAUUCUAUCAAAAUUUAUGAUUCGUCGUUUAAAAGCAGAUGUUAUGGAGCUACCAGAGAGUAAUGAGAUUGUGAUGUAUCACGGUCUCUCUCCAUUGCAAAGGAAACUAUAUUUACAAUAUCUUGAAGGAAAGCAUGCAGGAUUUCGUUUAUCUACCCUUUUUAUACAGUUGCGUAAAAUGGUGUCUCACCCUUAUUUAUUCCGUGAUAUCGAACCUGAACCAUAUGUUGAAGGAGAACACUUGGUAUUGGAAAGCGGUAAAAUGAGGUUGUUCAGUGAUCUCUGCAGGUACUUGAAAUCAAGAAAACAUAAAGUUCUUGUUUUUUGUCAAUUCAUCACUACGUGUCUUAUUAUCGAAGACUUUAUGGACAUGCGAGGAUAUAAGUUCCAGAGUAUGCGUGGAGAGACAAAGAUGGAGCUUCGAGGAGAUUGCGUAGAUACAUUUCAAAAUGAUCCCAAUGUGUUUGCUUUCAUAAUGACUACCAAGACUGGUGGAGUAGGAUUAACAUUGACAGCUGCAGAUACAGUUGUGUUCUUCGAUACGGAUUUCAAUCCUCAUAAUGACUUACAAGCCAUGGCGAGAACUCACCGGAUUGGCCAAAAUAAACAAGUGCGUGUUAUUCGUUUAAUAGGAUCUGGAACGGUAGAUGAUUACGUGUACAAUGUAGCGUUUCAGAAACUGAAACUUCACAAAGGUGUCACGGGCGAAUCAAUUGAGCCCAGAAGUCUGAUAGACUUUGAUGAGUUCAGAAGGAUGUACAGUGGAUCUGAAAUUCAGGAUGCUGUUGCUAUGUCUGACGAAGAUAUCGAAAAACUACUAGGUAAAACUAAUACUGAUAAUUUAUGGGAGCCGUUCGUGGAUAAUGAUGAGAACUUCGUUCAAGACUGCGAUGAGAGACCAGCGCGUCUCAAAGAUUUUAUGGACUAUGAAGGAUCCUCAUACAGAGGUGUUAGGAAUAAAAAUAUUAGAGAACGCGAGGAAAAGUCUUGGGGUGAUUAUAAACCUGUGCAGCGCAAAGAAAAAGGCUUUUACGCAGAACCUGAUGACAGCAUCUUCAGAUAUUGA